AUGGGUCUUUAUGGAAGCAUAAUAUUCCUUUCUACAAUUGCUCUCUCAGGGUCUUUCUUAUUUGCUCUUAGUCCCAUCUUGAGGCAGAGACGUCGAGCCAUAGAGAAGCUGAAGCUAGUGAAUGACGCUUUGAUUACUGCGGAAGAGAACGUGGCGAGGCUUCAAGAGCGCCAUGAUGUGAUUCUGAAAGAGAUAUGUUCUUACUACCUCGUCAACUCAGAGCUACAAGAAGCUUUGGUUGCAGCUCGAGCAGCUAUUGAUGUUGCUUCAGGUUUUGUCAUAGAGCUUAGAAGAUUACAGUUGAAUAUCUUUAACUCUCUUUCUUAA